UCGAAACCGAGCAAAACGAACCUCGGAUCGUAGCACUAAAUAUUUCAUCGACGAUCCCCAUAAACCAGAAUUCGGCACCCCAGGGACAAAAUUAGACGAAGUAAGAAACAAAGAAUCGUUAAAGACAUCGGUGAUCGCGCAGUGAAAUUAGGAUCAAUUGAGACAGAGCGGAAAGCGUGUCCUCCGUCAACGAUUCGUUUUCCUGCUGCCGGCUUCUAUCUGAACGAAAGCAGGUCUUCCGAAGAUCUACUUUAUCUGCGUCUAGAUACAUCCUAGGCUCACUGUCAGUGCGCCAGCGUAGUUCGGAGCCACCACUGACGCCGGUCUGUUCGACGGGAAAGCGAGCAUAUACAUUUUCAACGUGAUUUACAGCGAUUCGCCUAAUCGCUCGAAGCCGCGUAGAUCCCCUAGUUCCCUUUAUCACAACCCGAUAAUUAGAGAGUCUAAGAACAUAGGCUGUAACCGUUGCGAGUGGAUCAGUCUGACGCGGGAGACCCUUCCGAUGAGUUCUGGGUCGCCGAUCAGGUUCGAUACAGACAGCUGAAUUAAGUGGAAGGGUGUAAAGUGACAAUCGAAUAUGAAGCUGUUGGCGCUGAUCUGUUUCUGCACGAUACUCUCCACGUGCCAUGGGUACAGGAUCCUUGGAUUGUUCCCGUUUUGUGGGAAGAGUCACUUCAUGAUGUUCGAACAACUGAUGAAGGUUCUCGCCAAAAACGGACACCAGGUGGACGUGGUCAGCACGUUCCCGUUGAAGAAACCCUAUCGGAAUUACAACGAUAUGGUCGUUCUGCCGGCAUUCAGGCAGUUCAUGAACAACGUUACAUUCAGCGACAUGGAGGACAUGCUAAGCGUAUCUGCGAGCCACGCUGUUGCUAUCUUCGCUGGGAUCGAGGUUUGCGACACAUUGGGCCACCCUAGGAUUCAGGAAAUUGUGAAGAACCCUCCGAAAGAUCCACCUUACGACGCGGUGAUUGUGGAGGUGUUCGGCGCGCACUGUUACCUAGCGAUCGGCCACCUGUUGAAGGUGCCGAUCAUUGGCGUCUCCUCGGCGAUCCUCUAUCCGUGGCACCACGACCUGAUCGGCAACCCGCACAACCUGGCGUACGCGGCGAACAAUCUGAUCACCUUGCCCGAGCAGAUGAACUUCUGGCAGAGGGCGUACAAUUUCUUACACUCUACCUACCAUGAGAUGAGCUUCUUGUACUUCUCGAGCCCGCAGACCGAAAUCGCGAGGAAAUACCUGGGCGACGACAUACCGGACGUCAGGACACUCGAGAAGAACAUCUCGAUGAUCCUCGUCAACUCUCACAUAUCCAUGAACGGGGUGAAGACCAUGACCCCGGCGCUCAUCGAAGUCGGGGGACUGCACGUCACGGAAGAAGGAGUCGAAUUGCCGCCCAGCUUGGAGAAAUGGAUGAACGAGAGCACGAGUGGAUUCAUCUACUUCUCGUUCGGUUCGAUGGUGAAAAUCGAAUCGUUCCCCAUGAAGCAUCUCGAAAUAUUCUACAACUCCCUGGGAAAGAUCGCACCCGUCCGGGUCUUGAUGAAGAUACCGAAUCCAAACGAGCUGCCACCUGGACUGCCAAAGAACAUUUACACGUCGCCUUGGAUACCGCAAGUCAAAGUUCUUAAGCACCCGAACGUGAAGGCGUUCAUCACUCACGGAGGACUCAUGGGAACCCAGGAGGCGAUUCAUUAUGGUGUCCCUCUGAUCGGUAUACCUUUGUUUGCCGAUCAAUUUAUCAAUAUCAACACCUACGUCCGGGCCAACGUUGCAAUUGGAUUAGACCUUGACACCCUCACGGAGGAGAAACUGGACAAAGCUUUGAAUGCUGUUUUACACGACCCGCAGUAUCGUGAAACCGCGAAGAAGGUGUCUGCAAAAUUCCUGGACCGUCCCCUAAGCUCAGCGGACACCGCCGUCUUCUGGACCGAGUACAUCAUCAGGCACGGCGCGAACGCGCUUAAGUCACCCGCGAUGAACCUGACGUGGUGGCAACAACAGCUUCUGGACGUUUACUUGUUCCUAUUGGGUGUGGCGUUCCUCGCGAUCUACAUCGUAGUAUGCGCCGUGCGAUUCGCGUUCGGCUUGAUAAACGUGGAACAAACACCGUCCGGCAAGAAGAAAUUGUCGUAAUCUGAUCUGUUUUCGUUAUCUCCCCUUCUCCUAUUUAUAUCAUAUUAAUUGUAUUAGACUAUACUACAUUAAUUUUAAUGAAAAGACAUGAAAUACGUACAGACGUUCACGUAUGUUAUCGUUAGACUGCGGAUCCUUAGGCAUUUAUGACAACAAUGAGGAGAUGAAAUAAGAAACAGUGACACCGACGAAUUUAAUAAUUAGAUUGCAUAUUUUAUGACUCAUUAAAAUUAUUCAAAUCAGAAAUAGACAACCAUGCAUUCCCUGUUUUCUGCAAUCAGUGCAGAAAGUAUUUUUUUGCGCGAAGAUCCGCAGUCUAAUUGCCAUCAAUAAUUGUCACUUUUUACUGGAGUGUCGUGAACUUUUGUUCCGGAAGUUCACGUACGAAUUUAAGAGAAUCGAUACACGUGAUCGCAUUUAGGCAUUUUUAUCGGAACGUUCGCGAAUCCGAAGCUGUUUGGACUUCGUAACGCUGUCGCGAAAUUCUCGUAAGCUAUUUCGGAUUGAUUUAGUUUUAGCAAUAAGUUGAAAAUAAUGUAACGAUACCUCCAAAUUCUUUCAACGUUCUUUUUAAUUUUGUAUUCGACUAAUUCGUUUUCGUCGUAAACGCAUAAAAUCCGCAGCCUAGUCGUGAUAGCGACAAGAGUUUUCGCUAUCUUGAUCACAAAAUUAUGUCCUACGUCCUAUCUGUUACACGAUCAACGUAAUCGUUUUUUUCUUCCGACGAAAAAGCGAAUGACUUAAGAAGUUCCUUUAUGAAAUGUAAUAUACCUCGGGCGAACAACUUCGCAAAAUUAAAACCGUGUGGGCAGGUAACAUUUUCCCAGAGGCGAAGGUGCAUCGUUGUUCUUUAUCUACUCUUGUAAAAAAUAGUGAGAUGAACACUGUGAAAAUAUUAUAGACAAUGCAUUAUAAUUGAAUAAGACAAUGACACAUAAGACACAUAUAUUGCAUAUAAAACAAUGUAAAGUAAAAAUGUUAUUACCCAAGUCAGUCUCUAUGUUACUCAGUAGUAUCUUUAGAAUUCUGUCGAACUUUUUAUUUUAUUUUAUUUUCUAUCAACGAACUCGAUUGGACAAUACAAUAAUAUGUGAAUUUUCCGAAUAAUUUCGAAAACUGCUGAUUAAAGAAGACUGUAUUCGUCUAAAUUUAUCCA